AUGGGUAUGAAAAGAAACGCGUGUUCAAAAGUCUUUUUCUUUCCCCUUUUUCAUUUCACUGAACAGUUGCUGUCCAGCAUUGCUGUCACCUCCUCCAUACCCUUUCCUUCUUUAUUUAUUUCUAUUCUGCUUAUCUUUCUUUCCUCCACAUCUUUCUUUGAUUCUUUCAUUCUUUCUUUAUUUACGUCUUCAAUUACCUGCUUUCUUUUUUCUUUCUUUAUUUCUGCCCUCUUUCUCUAUAUUUUUUCCACUGUCUUUCUUUCUUUCUUUCUUUCUUUCUUUCUUUCUUUCUUUCUUUCGUUCUUUCUUUCAUUCUUUAUUUCUCUCAUUCUUUCUUUUUUCUUUAUUUCUUUCUUUCUUUAUUUAUGUCCUCAAUCGCCUGUUUCCUGUUUUCUUUCUUUAUUUCUAUCCACCACAUCUUUCUUUCUUUCUUUCUUUCUUUCUUUCUUUCUUUAUUUAUUUAUUUAUUUAUUUAUUUAUUUAUUUAUUUAUUUAUAUCCUCAGGCGCCGGCUUUCUUUUUCUUACUUUAUUUCUAUCCCCACCUCAUUCAUUCUUUCUUUCUUUCUUUCUUUCUUUCUUUUCUUUUCUUUCUUUCUUUCUUUCUUUCUUUUCUUUCUUUCUUUCUUUCCUCAAUCACCGGCCUUCUUUCUUUCUUUCUUUCUUUCUUUCUUUCUUUCUUUCUUUCUUUCUUUCUUUCUUUAUAUCCUCAAUCGCCGGCCUUCUUUCUUUCUUUCUUUCUUCCUUUCUUUCUUUCUUUCUUUCUUUCUAGAUAG